GUCUUGUAUUGAAUAACCUUCCUUGUGCACGGAGGAGAACACAACAAAAGUCUUCAAGUGUCAAAGUCUCAUUGGAAUACAUUCGUGGUCCAAAAAUAAGAAAUAAUCUCGCUCUCCAAACUGUGAUAUAUACCUGGCACAUGGAAUAAUGUAGGGUGGUUUGCCAUUGGGGUGCGCCAAAUUGGAAAUCAGGUAUCUUUUCUCAAGAUCAAGGAAACCUAUCAACGGACCAAAGUACUGGCGAAAUAUUUAGACAAGUCAUAUCAGAUACAAGACAACGACUAGACUUUUGUCUUAAAAAGUCGUCAAUCAUCACCAUAAACUUCUUGAAAGACCAUUACGACGUCCUUGAUUCGACACUAGGACUGACUGAAGUGGUGGUGUCCAAGUCAAACCAGAUUUGCUGAUUGAAUUAAAUCCCUGUGUGUGUAUGUGUGGGGAGUGUGAUGUCAUUAACCAAACUUCGCCGUUGGUUGGAGACUUGAGUGGUUCGAGGUUUCCUUACAAGGCAAUCAUCUUUGUGUGCGUUAGAAAACCUGGAACGCCUACAUUAACACCAUUCACGGAUUAUCGUCCUACCUCAUGGUCUACUAUGUAUUAAAGCAAAAGAAGAAGACGAAGAAGUCAAACCACCAGGUGGCACAUGGGCAAAGUUCAACUCAUUUUAAAGAACCAGAUCUUGAUUUGAAAUCCCAGACCAUCAACCACGAAAAUGGUGACAUCAUCGACGGAAUUGUUUGCUCAGAGCUCGCUUCAGAUUCUCCGUCCAGGAUCCCUCGAGAUCCUAAGCAGCAUGCUGAAUCCCCGCAAAAGACUUCUCACGGACGAUGGGCACUUGAGGGAUUACCGAGGGAUCACCGAAUUCGCCCAUUUGGAACCGGCCCAAUGUCUGCGAAUCGAAUCGAAUCCGGAUCAUAUGCGAGAAUUGGUCAAGAUUUGGUGCCACAGGAAUGUGACGGUGCACGACUUGAUCAACGCUCUCAUGCGCAUUGAACGCUUUGACGUGUAUGACGAUACCAAGGAUCAUUUGAUCAAGGACUGUGAAUACGCUCUCGAAUGUGGGGUGCAAGACCGAGUAGGUGAUACUCGGAAUGCCUUGACUUUGCAUGACAUCCGAGCCAUUCAGAAGCGAGAGAAAUUGGGCACCUACGAUGCCAUGAUAUUGCACAGUGAUCACGAGUUCGAUCAGGAGUUCUCGUUUCAUCUCGUCGAACGCAUGGAGACUCUUGGCCUAAAGGUGUUCCUUCCCUGUAGGGAUAUGGUUGUGGGUACAAUUGAGCAUUCAGCCUCAUCUGAGAUUAUAGAGAAACGUUGCCACAAAGUGGUGGCCAUUUUCUCGAAGCCUUUCUUGGAAUCCCAACAAAAUGUAUUUCUGGUCGACUUGGCCCAGUACGUUAACAUCCGUAAGAAAUCGUCAUUACUUAUACCCAUCACAUUGGAGCAAUGCGAUUUGCCCACGACCGUUGCACAACUAUUCAAACUGAAAUACGAGAAGAGUCGCAUCGCCAACUUCUACCAAAGAUUCUACAGCAUUUUCGGAAUCAAAGACGCACCUCCUGAGCUGUUGGAAUACCCAGAUCAUAUGAACCCAGGAUCAAAUCAGGUUCAUUCUCUGAUUAGUCCGAAUGAGGCAAUUAAUCCAAUUCUAGCAGGAUCAUCAGCACCCAGAGACAGAAGCUUGCAAUCCUCCGCAUCCGGCUUCACGAAUUUGAAUUCGGUUAGCACCACCUACACCGAAUUGAAUACACGUGCAUCACAAUUAUCAAUCGAAUCUAACAUCAGCGGCCGUUUGCCCGGGGUUCCUCAGGGUGACGAAAUUGAUCAAGAUGCCGCAAGGGCUAAUAGCAAAUCAAGUUCCAAGAGUAAAAGUGGCGGGUUCUUCGACAAAUUGUUCAACAAAGCAAAAAAAACCAAAGCUUACGAGGCAGUUCAAGAGUGAUAAGCGAUGCAAUCGAAUAAAAGUGCAAUGACAUUGA